AUGAGCAGCUACGUGGCGCUCAUGGUGUUUUUGGGGAUUUGGGUCCCCGGGGGAGCAGCCUGGCACCCGGAGCACCGGCAGCAUGCGGGCACGUGCCGAGGGCAACCGGUGCAGGCGGAGGAGGGCUGGUGGCCACGUGAGGCAGAGCUGGCAUCACCGGCACGGGGCUGGGCUGGAUGCCCCCCCUGCGGCCGGCGGAAAAUCAUCCUCUCGGAUGAGGGCAAGAUGUACGGUCGUAACGAACUGAUAGCCCGGUACAUCAAACUGCGGACGGGGAAGACACGGACGAGGAAGCAGGUGUCCAGCCACAUACAGGUUCUAGCUCGGAAGAAGGUGCGGGAGUACCAGGUUGGCAUCAAGGUCUCUAGCCACUUGCAGGUUCUUGCCCGACGGAAAUCUCGUGAGAUUCAGUCCAAGCUGAAGGCCAUGAACUUGGACCAGGUCUCGAAGGAUAAGGCUCUGCAGAGCAUGGCUUCCAUGUCCUCCGCGCAGAUCGUGUCGGCCAGCGUCCUGCAGCACAAGCUCAGCCCCCCCCCUCCUCUUCCUCAGGCCGUCUUCUCUGCUGCCCCCAGGGUGAGGACAGCUCUGCGCCCCCGCUAUGGGGACACCCCGGGCAUUAAACCGUUUGCACAACCAGCUUACCCCAUCCAGCCACCCAUGCCUCCAUCACUAGCCAGUUACGAGCCCUUGGCUCCGCUCCCGCCAGCCGCCUCGGCCGUGCCCGUCUGGCAGGACCGCACCAUCGCCUCCUCCAAGCUCCGGCUCCUCGAGUACUCCGCCUUCAUGGAGGUGCCGCGGGAUGCCGAAACGUACAGCAAACACCUCUUCGUGCACAUCGGCCAGACGAACCCCUCGUACAGCGAUCCGCUGCUGGAGGCCGUGGACAUCCGCCAGAUCUAUGACAAGUUCCCCGAGAAGAAAGGUGGCCUCAAGGAGCUCUAUGAGCGUGGGCCCCAGAACUCCUUCUUCCUCGUCAAAUUUUGGGCGGAUCUGAACAGCACUAUCCAGGACGGGCCGGGGACCUUCUACGGUGUCAGCAGCCAGUAUAGCAGUGCAGAGAACAUGACCAUCACGGUCUCCACCAAGGUGUGCUCCUUUGGGAAGCAGGUCGUGGAGAAGGUGGAGACGGAGUACGCGCGGCUGGAGAACGGCCGGUUCAUCUACCGCAUCCACCGGUCCCCCAUGUGCGAGUACAUGAUCAACUUCAUCCACAAACUCAAGCACCUCCCGGAGAAGUACAUGAUGAACAGCGUCCUGGAGAAUUUCACCAUCCUGCAGGUUGUUACCAACAGGGAUACCCAGGAAACCUUGCUCUGCAUAGCCUUCGUUUUCGAGGUCUCCACCAGCGAGCACGGCGCCCAGCACCACGUCUACAAGUUGGUCAAGGACUAGGGGCCCUUGGGGACAGGGGGGCACGAGGGAUGCGCAGGGGAGGGAGGGGGAACCAUGCAGACAAAGCCACCCGUGCCUGUUGCCUCGUGAGAAGUCAUUUGAAGAGAUGAUGAGGAGGAGGAGGAGGAGGAGGAGGAAGAAGAAAAACAAUAGCCAAAAAAGACUGACUUGCAAUCGCAGAUGUUUUCUACUUAGGAACAGUUU